CGAAAGUUGGUUUCAGUAAAGCUUUCGCUUUCGCUUCUAAGAGCGCAUAAACCCUUACUUCUGCAUUUAAGUUUGCGAUGAUCUCAGUAGGAGUUAUUUCUCACACAAACCUUAUUGGAUGAGUUUUGAACCUACUGAUUUAAGCGUGAUGCUAAGCUGAAACGUCGAUCGGUGGCCCAAAAUAAACAGUUUUGCGUUUGUGAAGCGGAUUAAAAGCGCUCGGAACUGAAACGCGCAGCAUGUGCUGAAGAUGGAAGAAGGAGCCAAGUUGCACCUGAAAGAGUGGCUGGUGGCUCAGAUAGAGAGCGACAGCUAUGACGGCCUGUGCUGGGAGGACGAGGACAAGACGAUGUUCAGGAUUCCCUGGAAACACGCAGCUAAGAAGGACUACAAACAGACGGAGGAUGCGGCUCUGUUCAAGGCCUGGGCUGUGUACAAGGGUAAAUAUCAGGAGGGAAGGGACAAAGCAGAUCCCACUAUGUGGAAGACUCGUCUCCGCUGUGCACUCAACAAGAGCACAGACUUUGAGGAGAUUCCUGAACGCAACCAACUGGACAUCACAGAGCCGUACAAGGUCUAUCGAAUCCAGCAGGACAGUUCAUCCACCAAACCAGCAGUGACAAACUACCAGAUGAUGCAUCAGGUGAAACAGUCUCCAAGGAGUCCUGGUUACCAGGACAAGCAGAAGGAAUUGUUUCAGUCAGACAAAGAAGAAAAGACAUGUUCUGAAGUCCUGAUGAGAGAGCACGUGUACUGUGAGGUAAUGGAGAAAAAAAAUCAGAUUCAGGCCCCUGCUCCUGUGAAGUUCCUAAGCCCUACGCUUGUUAUAUCAGAUUUUCGUAUGGAGGUGAGGCUGUUGUACCAAGGCCACAUGGUGACAAAAGUGGUCACCAGUAGCCCAGAUGGGUGCUUCAUUCUACAGGGACGUGUUCCUUUAGGAAAUGAACGGAUCUAUGGACCCUGCUCUGUCCAGCAGAUCUCCUUCCCUUCUCCAGCUUCUGUAUCUCUACCAUCCUUCAUGGCUGAAGCAAUGAAUCGCCUUCUUUGUCACCUGGAACGAGGCGUUCUGUUAUGGGUGGCACCAGAUGGGGUGUUUAUCAAGAGGUUCUGCCAGGGCAGGGUGUAUUGGAGUGGGCCCAUGGCCCAGCACAUCGACCAGCCAAACAAGCUGGAGAGAGAAAAGACUUUCAAACUGCUUGAUAUACCCACCUUUCUUAAUGCGCUUCAGAACAAUCUACAAGGGAAGGGGCAGAUGCCCUCUUAUCAGAUCGAACUCUGCUUUGGAGAAGAAUAUCCAGACCCCAUCGUACCCAAAACCAGAAAGCUCAUCAUGGCGCAAGUGGUUCCCUUGUUUGCUGUAGAACUGAUGCGGAGACUCAACUUGGGACAAAGUCAAGAAAAACGUUUGAAUCUCUCGUCAAACUCAGCAGGAAAGAUGACUUUGGAAGGCUGACUCUGGAACAGCGACCCGGUGAAAUGCAGCUCUGUGAACAAUUUUAAAAACAGUAGGAAUACCAUUUGUGAAGAUGUGCAUUAUAUAUAAUGAAAUGUGAGUGUGUGGUUGACUUAUGUGCAAGGUAUUAAGCGAAACAUAAACAUGUAUUUUUGAACACUGUAUACGCCUAGAAAUGAAAACCAAAAUAAGAAUAAAUAAGUAAGUGGACUAGUCUUUUUUCUGAUGACCUUUCACCUCUCAGGCUUCAGAGUCUCUACGCCAUCACGCAUUUCAGAAGGGUUGUGGGUGUGCAUGCAAAGUGCAGCUAAAAACACGCUUAUGACAUAGUAAUGUAAAUGAUUUUCUUCGUUUUCAUCGAUGUUGAUCUGAAAUUUGAAAGAUAAUACAUACUAAUCUAGAUUUCUAUUUCUAAUAAGAAUAAAGUGACACCAGCAAUUCA